AUGGAAGUUCCAGUUGAGCCAGAGUGGGAAGCGCCAACAGCCGAUGAAAUGCGCGCUCGCCGACUAAAUCGACUUGCCGCUCAGACAAAUUCUGCGCCGCAGAAUCCAACUCCAAGAGUUCAGCCGCCGCCUGAGUCUCCAAAAAAGCCAACUAUCUCCGACGCGCCGCUAAAGAGAGGCCUUUCUUCGCCGUUGAAAAAUCCCCCGGCUUCACAUCGACUGAGAACGCUUUCCGGGCCGCAAAGCGUCAAUAGAGUCAGAACGGCGAAUGAGAUCCUGUCGAGCUUGUUCAACGCGCAUGUUGAGUUCUUGCAGUCGCUAAACGAGAACGACUGGAUGAAGCAGCCGAUUUGCGACUGCGAAGAAGAAUUACUCGCAGAAACGAUCACAGCGAUUUUGAUGAGGGAACUGUAUUACUUGUCCCAGAACGAUUCCACAGAUGCUGCAGCGGCUCUUUCCAAUAAUGCGAUUUAUUCGCCGCCAACGUCGAAAUUUGCAAACGGAUUGCUCUACCUCGUCAAAUGCCACCAGCGCUGCUCGACUCUCAUCGCGGAGGGUAGUCCUGCAGAGCAGAAAUGCGGCCACGCAACUCGUCAACUCAUCGUCUCCCAUUUCGUCCUCGUCUUCAGCGGAUUCCUGGGCGUCGACUCGAAGGUCUCUUUCGGCGAGCUUUUCGGAAGACUGAUGCUCUCGCAAAGUCUUUCUGAGGGGCUCCUCCCGGCUGUUCUGGAAGAAUUGAACGAGCAUGGAAAAGAACUGUUCGAUGAGAUUUUGACUGACGCCUUGAACGUCAUCAGAAUCGCUUCAGAAGUGACAUCCUCUGCCUCCGAAUACGCCGCAUCACCGAGCACCUGUCUUGCAAACCUCGUCCAGUUUGUCCUCCCGGGAACAAAAAUCCGUCCAGUUGUAAGUCUGCUUGUUCAGCGGGAAGACUGGCUCGUUACGGAAACUGAAUCGAACCUGGUUGCAUGUGAAAUGGCUUGCAAGUCGUAUUUAGGCUCGUUUUUGAGCUUUGGUGUUUCGGAUGAUCCUGAUAUUUUGGCUUCUUUUACAAAUUUGGAGGACAUAAAUCACAAGGUCCGAUCUCAUAUCGCCAAAAACCUCCUUCUGCGCCUCGAAAUCCCGCGGCAAAACUUCUUCAUCAUCAUCGAAGGAAUCCUGAAAAACGGCGAUCCAGCUGUCCAGUCCCGCGAGAAAAUGGUCUCCUGGCUAGCCGAAAUGGCUCAAGUCAACUUGAAACGAGCAGGAUUGAUGGCAAACGAGGGACAACUCGCUCCUCUUUCGAUGGUGCUCAAUAUUAUGCAUGUUUUGCAGCAGAUGUCGUCCAAAAUCGCGACUUCGAAAAUCGACGAAAAGUAUAUCUUCAGAAAAACUUGCCGGACAAAGCCGCUGAAUGACACGACAAUCGCUUCAAAUAACACGGACCUGGAAAAGUUCUCGAGCUCUCUUCCCGAAUCUGAAUCAAAGUUUCCCACCGAGUGUUUUUGGCUCACAGUUCUUUAUCACCACAUUUGCCUUUCAUCCUGGGGUCGGCAAAAAAUGGUGGAAGUGAAAUUCAUGGUCGGCGGCGAUGGUUACUUUGAGCUCCCUCUUCCGGAUCAGCAGCCGCCAGAGUGGUCUAACUUUUUCGAGUGCUUCAUUGAGGAUUUUAUUGAAUUUUCGAUCUUCAUCUCAAGACAGUCCCUCACCGCAAUGGUCGUUAUUUUCAAAGAGCAUCCAGAGUUUGUCGAGUUCAUCACGAUUUCCGCCACGUCGCCCAGUUAUUAUCGAAAUCCGUAUUUAGUCGCAAAAUUCAUCGAACUCAUUUUCAACCUCCACCCAUCGCACAAUACGGCGAACGACCCGAUUUGUUUCAACGGAAUUGUGCAGCAUGAAUUUUCGAAAAAGCGAUUAGCUCCUGUUUUGAUGAAGUUUUAUUCCGAUGUCGAGCAGACCGGCGCUUCCAGCGAGUUUUAUGAUAAAUUCUCCAUUAGACAUCAUAUUCAGGUGAUUUUAAUGACAAUGUGGAAAGACCCGUACUACCAAGAGCAAAUCGUCUCUAUCGCCGAGUCCAGCCCCGAAUUCGUCCGUCUAGUCAACAUGCUCAUCAACGAUACGACAUUCUUGCUCGACGAAGCGAUUUGCAGCUUGAGAAAGAUCCACGAAAUCCAGGAAGAGAUGAAAAGCGCCGCCUGGGCGUCCAUGGACGAAGAGCAAAAGAGCGAGAAAGAACGGACCCUAAUGUCGGAAGAAAGACAAGUUACAAGUUAUCUGACGCUGGCGACGAAGACGCUGCAGACUUUUGGCGAACUGACAAAGGUCAUUCAGAAGCCGUUCUUGAAGCCGGAACUGGCCGAUCGACUGGUGGCAAUGUUGAAUAUCAAUUUGAAGCAGUUGUCUGGUGCAAAAGCAAGAGAGCUGAAAGUCGAAAACAAGCAGAAAUACAACUGGAAACCCGAGCAAAUGCUUUUUCUUCUCGCUGAACUGUAUCUCAACUUACAAAGCGCAUCGUUCAUCGACUUUGUCGCCAAAGAAGAGCGCAGUUACUCGCCCGAACUCUUCACCGAAGCCGUCCAAACGAUGACGAAAAACGCAUCGCCGAAUGGGAAGAGUUUGCCAAAAGUUGCUCUUCGGCACUCGGAAUUGCAGGAAGACGAGGAGGACUUUGAAGACGCGCCGGACGAGUACUUGGAUCCGAUUAUGGGGACACUCAUGGACGAUCCUGUUUUGCUGCCUUUGUCGGGAAUGGUGAUGGACAGGGGAAACAUCAUGCGACAUUUGCUCAACACGGAAAGUGAUCCGUUCAAUAGACAGCCAAUGACCGCUGCAGAUUUGCAGGAUCAGCCUGAGCUGAAAGCAAAGAUCGAAGAAUACCGUGCCUCCAAGAAGAAAUAG